GGUAUUGUGACUUCCUUGCUCUUUCUGUAUGUUGUCCAGGAAGUCGAGGUUCUAGCGUGUUCUUUACUCUGCGUUAGAGCUUUACUCAAGCCAUGCCGAAGAAUAAAGGAAAGGGAGGUAAAAAUCGAAGGAGGGGAAAGAAUGAAAAUGAAGCUGAGAAGAGAGAGCUAAUUUUCAAAGAAGAAGGUCAGGAGUAUGCCCAGGUGACCAAGAUGCUUGGCAAUGGUCGACUUGAGGCUUUAUGCUUUACUGACGGCAUGAAAAGGUUGUGUCACAUCCGAGGAAAGCUUCGAAAGAAGGUGUGGAUUAAUCAAGGUGAUGUUAUCCUGCUCGGUCUGCGAGAUUAUCAAGACAAGAAAGCGGAUGUCAUCCUCAAGUACAACGCAGAAGAGGCCAGAAAUCUCAAGUCAUACGGCGAAAUUCCUCAAUCCGUCAAGGUGAACGAGAUGUCGACCUUCGUCGAGGAUGGCAUGGAUGGCGAAAUUGCUUUCGAUUAUUACUCGGAUGAAGAUGACAAGGAAGAGGAUAUUGAUGACUUGAUCCUAGGAGCCUGAGUUCUCUGUCUACUCGCACCUCAGCUCUUCACCUCCUCUGCACCGCUGUCAAUGCGUUGCAGUUGAUAUUUCCGUUUUUUUUCUUCGCUUCAAAUUGCGAUAGUUCCCUCUAUGUAAUAUAAGUCACUUCUAAUAUCUCGAUGCUCUACAUGUUAUUUCGGUGGGUCAAGUCCUGGAAGUUCUUGCUUGACUUACUUCCUAUGUUUGCACCCCUCUUGUAACGUCAAAUUCACUGUAGGGAAAAGUGUUGGUGAUUGGAACCCUGUUGGUAUAAGAAUAGUAUUUAUGCUGGUUCUGUUGACCUGAAAGGAUCAGUUCGUUGAUUCUUCUAGUCGGACUGACCGUUUUCUCACGAAUCUUACUUCUCUUAACUAGCUAAUGCAGGUUUCAUUGACCGACUGACAAGUGUUUAUUAGUAUUUUAGCCAAUACAGAUUUGUGGAAUUCUUCUCCAUGAAAGUAUCUACGAGGAUUUGUAAUUUUGUUCUCAUGGAUAAAUCAACCCUUGUAUUUCAUUACUAUGAUUUGGGCUACGGAUUAACUUACUAUUAAAUUUUAAGUACUUUUAAUCAAUAUAUUGAGGACAUCCAA